UCCAAGCUAUCCAGACAUUUUUAUAUGGCCGACUAGAAGUCGGUAAGCCAGAUUCUGCGUACUAUCGAGCGAGGAACCUCUUGGAAAGGAGAAAAGGAGACUACAAAUGGCUGGAAUCGUACCACUUUCACAGGAUUGGGAACCGGUGGUCCUCAGGAAGAAGGCACCGAACGCGGCGGCCAAGAAGGAUGAGAAAGCCGUCAAUGCUGCUAGGCGAGCCGGGGCGGAGAUUGAGACCAUAAAGAAAUCUGCUGCUGGCUCAAACAAAUCUGCUUCUAGCAGUACUAGUUUGAACACCAGGAAACUCGACGAAGAGACUGAGAAUCUUACUCAUGACCGAGUACCAACCGAGCUGAAGAAAGCAAUUAUGCAAGCUCGAAUGGAGAAGAAGCUUACUCAGUCUCAGCUUGCUCAACUUAUUAAUGAGAAGCCUCAAGUUAUCCAGGAGUAUGAAUCUGGAAAAGCUAUUCCAAAUCAACAAAUAAUAACCAAACUUGAGAGAGCUCUUGGAGCCAAACUGCGUGGGAAGAAAUAAAUAGUAUCUAGAAAGUUAAAUAUUGAGUUCUAGAUAAGCCUUUGCUUGAAACCAUGCGCAAAAAUUCAUACCCUUCCAUGGUUUAAGUGUAAUUAUAUUCGACCAUUUUCGUGUGCCUGUAUUAGUAUUGUUGCAGUGUCUUGGUAAGUUCUUACCUGGAAAUAAAUAAACAUCAUGCCUGUCAUGUUGCGUUAGUUUCUUGA